AUGGAGGCUCCCAAGUAUCAGUGCGAUGUUUGUGAGAAGAAGUUUAUAAGGAAACCUGAACUGAUUAAUCAUGAACGUGUUCAUAGUGGAGAACGGCCUUAUAAAUGCGAUGUAUGCGAGAAGAAAUUUGCAUGGAAAGCGAACCUGAAUAUCCAUAAACGUGCAGUUCAUAGUGGAGUACGGCCUUAUAAAUGCGAUGUAUGCGAGAAGAAAUUUGCAUGGAAAUCGAGCCUGACUGUCCAUAAACGUGUUCAUAGUAGUGUACAGCCUUAUAAAUGCGAUGUAUGCGAGAAGAAAUUUGCAUGGAAAGCGAAUCUGAAUGUCCAUAAACGUGCAGUUCAUAGUGGAGUACGGCCUUAUAAAUGCGAUUUAUGCGAGAAAGAGUUUGCAUGGCAUUCGAGUCUGACUGUCCAUAAACGUCUUCAUAGUGGUGUACAGCCUUAUAAAUGCGAUGUAUGCGAGAAGAAAUUUGCAUGGAAAGCGAACCUGAAUAUCCAUAAACGUGUUCAUAGUGAAGUACGGCCUCAUAAAUGCGACGUUUGCUCAUCCAGUUUCAAGCACUUGAACAGUAUGAAACAACAUCGGAUGCGGCAUUUUAAGAAAAAUGAAAAUGUAAAAAGUACAUAAUUUUAAAAGCAGUUUGAAGAAACUACUAAUUGACUA